GAGUCGCGGGGUCGAGGAAAAAAGAGGAUGAUGCUGGGAGCAAUAACAACAUGGCCGGGCUCGCGAUGCAGAGCAGAGCGGUCGAUACGAGAGCUCAACUCGGGGUCAGGGAGGGCGAGCCUGAGGGCACUCUCGUUGGCACGAUACCGGUCAAGCCGGAAUUCACGUACAGAUUCAACGAGCCUCCUCGGGAGUUUAACCUCGAUCCGAAAACCGGGGUGAUAACUACCGCGAGGGUACUCGAUCGGGAGUCACUGGCAAGCGACAAGUUCGAUCUCGUUGUCCUAUCGAGUCAACCGACUUAUCCUAUUGAGGUGAGAAUCAACGUGCUCGACGUCAACGACAACGAUCCGGAAUUUCCGGAAUCCAGCAUCGCUGUUAGCUUCUCCGAAUCGGCCUCGGCCGGGACGAAAUUAUUACUGGAUGCUGCGAGCGACAGGGACACUCCGGAGAACGGAGUCGCCGAUGAUUAUUUCAUCGUCGACGGUAAUACCGACGGGAAAUUCCGGCUCGAGGUAACCGCGAACCCGAGCGGCGAAACUUCUUAUCUUCAUCUCGAGACAACCGGCAAACUCGAUCGGGAGCAGAUAGAAUUUUACUUUCUCAACGUGUGCGCCAGGGACCGCGGAAGGCCGCCGAGGCUCGGCUGCCUCCGCGUAAACGUCACCGUCCUCGACGUCAACGACAAUCCACCGAUUUUUCAACAGAGCGAUUACGUCGUGGCGCUCAACGAGAGCGCGCCCAUCGGCACGACCGUACUCACCGUAUGCGCCAACGACAAGGACACCGAGGACAAUUCCCGACUGACUUAUUACUUACCGGACACCGAGUCACGCUUCACCGUUGAUCCGGAAACGGGAACUAUCACGAUCGCGGAGAGGCUCGACUGUCCUCAACAGUCCUGCGCGAUCGCGAGGCCCGGCGGUGGCUGCCCGAAAAGCUGCGUCAUGACCGUAUUCGCCCGUGAUCACGGCUCCCCGAGACAGGACGGACGCACCUACGUAACCGUUAAUCUCGUCGACGCGAACGACCACGAUCCCGAAAUAAAAUUCAACUAUUUUCCACAAAUGGUCGGUUUCGCGACCGUCGACGAGAACGCCGCGAGGGAUUCGAUCGUCGCAGCGGUCGCGGUUAUCGACAACGACGAGGGUCUCAACGGGGAGACGAGUGUGGAGAUUCGCGCUGGUAACGAGCUCGGACAUUUCAGGCUCGACAACACCCAGAGCUUCGACAUCGUCAAGGUAAACGGGCGUCUCGAUCGCGAGGAGAUACCGAUGUAUAAUCUGACGAUCGUCGCGACCGACAAGGGUACACCGCCGCGAUCGACAACCGCUUAUCUCGUUAUUCGCGUUAACGACGUCAACGAUCAUGAGCCGGUUUUUCAACAGAGCGAGUACACAUCGGUUCUCUCGGAGUUGUCACCGAUUGGUACUUUCGUCGCGAGCAUCUCGGCAACGGACGCCGAUUCCGGGCUGAACGCCCGCAUAUAUUACGACUUUGAUUCGGGAAACGAUGAAUCCUGGUUCGCGAUAGAUCAGGACACGGGCCUCGUUACUACCGUCGCCGGUCUCGAUCGUGAGAUUCGAGGCAGCGUCGAGGUUCGCGUGACCGCGAGAGACGGCGGUCCCAAUCCGAAGUACGCGACGACGCAUUUGCGGGUCACGAUACUCGACGAGAACGACGAGGCGCCCAAAUUCGCGAGAUCGGAUAUCCGCGUUGCCCUCUCGGAGGACACGCCGCCCGAGAGCCUCGUCGCCACGGCUACGGCCCUCGACAAUGAUCAAGGAACGAACGGCAGCGUCUCGUAUCACUUGCAUCCGAGCGUACAUCGCGAUUAUCCGAAGACUUUUGGCCUGGACGGCCUCACCGGGCAGUUGACUACGAGACGAGCCCUCGACCGGGAGAGCAUCGAUCGAUAUCGCGUCCUCGUCGUCGCCCGGGAUCAGGGAACUCCUCCGCAAUCCUCAACCGCCACGAUCAUCCUCACCGUCGAGGACGUCAAUGACAACGCGCCAAUUUUUUAUCCACGAAUUUAUCUGUUCCCGGUGGCGGAUUACACGCCGAUCGGCAGCUCGAUCGGUAGGAUCGCGGCGAGCGAUUCCGACGCCCGGGAAAACGCGCAGAUUCGUUACAGCCUCGAGGCCGGUGACGGCGAGGCGCUCUUCGGCCUCGAUCAAUUGAGCGGCGAACUCAUCCUGAGAGGAUCCUUGCAGACGUCCAGGAAGAAGAUCCACGAAUUGAUUAUUUCGGCGAGGGACACCGGGGACAAAAAAGCCCCGGAGAACGCCGUCGUCAGAGUUAUGCGGGCCGAGGAUCUCGAGCAUCUCGAGUUCGACGCACCUUACAACGGCUACGAGUUUCGUAUAAGCGAGGAUCGCGGUGACUGCGUCGAAAUUGGAUCGAAGCUGGGACGUCGCCGCGUCGGGAACGUCCGAGUCGGCCCUCGCUACCGCGGCCCCGAGGUCGCUUAUACCAUCGUUCUUGGAGAUCCGGGGGGAGACUUCGAGGUCGAGGAAAGAACCGGCGUGAUAACGACCGCCGGUUGCAUCGAUCGCGAACGCGUGAGCGACUACGAGCUACGAGUUAUGGCGAGGGCCGGCCUCGCGCACGCUUUCGCCAUGGUCAACGUCACCGUCAUCGACGUAAACGACAACGCGCCGAAAUUCCCGAUGGGAGAUCGCGGGGACGAGGUUCUCAUAGGCGAGAACGCGGCUGUUGGCCAACAGGUUUGUUCGGCCCGUGCCAAAGACCGUGACGCAGGGCAAAACUCUCGGAUAAGCUACUCCCUGAGCCAGAAUCCCGGGGGACAGUUUCGAAUAGCCGAAAACACGGGAAUAAUUUAUCUGGAAAGAUCAAUAAGCUCGCCACCCGGUACGACGAUGAACGUCGAAGUGACCGCCGUCGACUCGGGCGAGGAUGAACCGCUGUCGGCGCAGCUCCUCAUCAGGGUUACCAUCGAGGACGUGAACGAUCACACACCGGUAUUCAAGCUCGCGAGCUACGAGAGCUCCUUGCCGGAAUCGACCCCGGUUAACGAACGCUUCUUCGCUCUCCGAGCCCUGGACGCCGACCUCGGGGCCAACGGACGCGUCCUUUACACCGUGACGGACGGCAACGCGGAAGAUCGCUUCGGCAUCUUUCCGGACGGUCGGCUCUACGUUAAACACGCCCUCGAUCGGGAGGAAAGAGAUUACUACGCCCUCGAGAUAACGGCGAUGGAUCAGGGCGUGCCCGGGCGAAGUUCCGUCGUGCCUCUCAUCAUCCGCAUAAUCGAUGUUAACGACAACGCGCCUCAGUUCGCAAACUCGAGUUUCACCUUUCACAUCCGAGAGAACGAGCCGGCGGAUACUUUUGUCGGUAAAUUAUUGGCCAGCGAUCGUGACGCCGCUCGCAAUGCCGAUCUGACGUUCUCGUUGUCGGCGACUCAGCAAGAUUUCACGGUCGAUCCCCGAAACGGUUUCAUCAAGUCGAUGCGGUCCUUCGACCGGGAGGAGCUCGUCGCCAAGACCGGCAACGCUUACGUCAGCUUCGAAGCUAUUGUAACCGACAACGGAGCGAAUCGUCUUCGCGACCGGGUCAAGAUAACCAUCUACGUGAGUGACGUUAACGACAAUAGCCCGAAAUUUCAGCGAUUACCGUACAAAGUGGAGGUGAGCGAAGCCGCGAACGCGGGCACUCAACUCCUCCGGGUUUACACGAGCGACGCCGACGAGGGGCUCAACGGCGACGUAUUUUAUUCCCUCGAGGGAGGCAACGAGGACAAUCGAUUCGCGAUCGACGAGGCAACGGGCCAGAUAAGCCUGGCCCGUCAAUUGGAUCGCGAGGCUCGCGAUAAUUAUUCCCUGAUCGUCGUCGCCCGAGACGCCGGGCUCGAGACUCGUCUCUCCUCGAGCGUAACCCUUGAAAUCCGAGUGCUCGACGAGAACGACAAUUCCCCGGUAUUUCGCCGGGAGAACAACGACGCCUCCUCGUACGAUCGUAUCAGCGUCCUCGAAACGACCCCCGUCAAUACCGAGCUCAUGAGAUUUCGCGCGACCGACGAAGACCUCGGAGCCAACGGGGAGCUCGCGUUCGCCAUCACCGCUGGCAAUCGUCGCGACGCUUUUCACAUCGACGCCCUAAGCGGCGCUCUUUACCUUCGGAAAUCCCUCGAUUACGAGGAAAUCGAGAGUUACACGUUGAACGUAACGUGCAGCGACGGUGGCCACCCGAAGCUCGCUACCGUCACGAGCCUCCGAAUCGACGUGAUCGACGCGAACGACAAUCCACCGGCUUUUCCCAACACCGCGAUCGUCCGCCAGAUCCGCGAGGGUAUCGCGGUCCGUUCGCCGGUCCAUACGGUCACCGCCGAAGACCCGGACUCGGGCCUCAACGGUGCGGUUACUUACGCGAUCGCCAGUCAGGACCCGGACGAUCGGCGGCGUCAUUUCGGCAUAAAUCCUUCGACCGGCGUGAUCUACACGCUCCGGCCGAUCGACAGGGAGCAAAUCGACACGUUCAAGCUGGUCGUCGUCGCGACCGACCGGGCGGAGCCGCCCUCGGCGAGGUUAUCCGCCGAGAAAAUCGUCAUCGUCAUCGUCGACGACCUCAACGACAACGCGCCGAUAUUCGUCAGCAUGUCGGCCGCUGUUUUGCCUACGAAAAGCGCCCUUUCGCGGCGGCUCGGCCAGGAGAUUCCGGUCACGAGGUUCCUCGCCCGGGACCUCGACUCCAGCACCAACGGCCUCGUCACCUACGAGCUGCUGCGAUCGGGACUCAACUUCUCGGACAUGUUUCGAGUCCACCGGAGCACCGGAGUCCUAACCAUGAAAGUCCCGAGGAGCAGAGACCUCCUGGAGCGCACCCGGAGGUAUCAGAUCGGCGCGAGAGCGACCGACGAAGCCGUCCAGUCGGAGAGAAGAUCCUCCGAGACGUAUCUCACCCUCAUACUUCCCGGGGACGAGGAAAUCUCUCCGCCGGCCUGGGAAAACGACGAUGAUCGUCUCCAGGGUACCGUCUACGAGAACGAGCCCCCGGGUGUCAGCAUCACGAGAGUCAUCGCCAGCAAAUCCCCCUCGAACCCAACCAACAUCGCGUUCGUCUCCCGUAACAAGGGAGACGGAAUAAUCGAAGCUUCGAAUCGAGAAAUCGAAUAUUACGUUACGAAUGUGACCGCCGGGAGCACCGGCCAACAAGUGGACAGACUUUUUGACGUUGACACGAAGACCGGUGUACUCGUGACCGCCGUUCCCCUCGACCGGGAAUCCGGGAUCGAUCGUUACGACGUUCAGAUUUAUGCGAUCACCGUUGAUAACGGAAAGUCGAGCACCGCCACGACCAAGGUCGGCGUCAAAGUCCUCGACAAGAAUGACGUCGCGCCCUCGUGGGGACCGGGUCCCUGGAAGUACGAGAUAUCGGAGGAUUCUCCGCCGAAUACGAUCGUCGCGUUGCUCACAGCUCAGGAUCCCGACACCAUCGGAGAGUUGCGCUACACUCUAGUCGCCCGGAGGAAAGACGAGGAGGAGCCGGAGAGGGAGACCGAGGAGGGAGACCGAGCAGGGGACGAGGACGAGGAGACGAUCAGGAGACACUUCGAGCUUGAUUCAAUGACUGGUCAAUUAAGAUUGAACGAAGCUCUUGACCGGGAGACCCGUGACAGAUACGUUCUGAGAGUCCGGGCCGACGAUGGAAUUCAGCACACGGAUGUCGACUUGAUUAUUCAGGUGACCGAUACCAACGACAACGCUCCCAGCUUCCGAUCGUCCGCUUACUCCUUCGACGUGCCAGAAAACGCCCCCCGUGGCACCCGCUUCGGACAAGUAACAGCCUCGGACACCGACGCCGAUGGAGCCAACAGUCAGAUCACUUACGCCCUCGUUUCCGACUGGGCGAACGACGUUUUCUCGCUGAACCCAACGACGGGCGUCUUCACGCUCACCGCCAGCCUCGAUUACGAACAGGUGCAGCACUACAUUCUCGUAGUGCAGGCGAGCGACGGAGGAUCGCCAGCGUUAUCAACGACCGUGACGGUGUAUUGCAACGUGGUAGAUCUCAACGACAACGCGCCAGUUUUUGAGGCCGGUCCUCACGGGGCCGAGGUACUGGAGAACGCGACCGUCGGCACGGGGCUCCUGACGGUUACAGCUCGAGAUCUUGACUCAGGGGAAAAUGGUCGAAUCACGUACGAAAUAACGAGCGGUGACGAGAACGCUGAAUUCGACGUGGCUCCCAAUGGUACCGUUUACACGAAGAGGCCUCUCGACCGAGAAACCGUUUCUAGUUACAAUCUCGUAGUCACUGCUACGGACAGCGCCAGGCCACCGGAGAAGAGUCUCUCGUCGAGUGUUCAGGUCUCGAUCGUCCUCUUGGACGUUAACGACGUCGCGCCCGAAUUUACGUCCCCGAACGAAACGACGGUCACGGAAAACGCGGCGUUGAACAGCCUCGUCAUGAGGAUCAAGGCCCUCGAUCCGGACGAGGACAGAAACGGCUACGUCGAAUACUCCCUACGAGGGGAAAACGGAGCGAAUGUCCCCUUCAGCCUCGGUCCGAUCGACGGUCUACUCCGCGUUUCCGGUAACCUCGACCGGGAAGUCCAACGGAAUUACAGCCUGGAAAUCACCGCACGAGAUCGUGGCAGGCCCCCCAAAUCCACGACGAGCAAACUCCUCGUUCGCGUUCUUGACAGAAAUGACAACCCACCGGUCUUUCAACCCAAACAGUACUCCACGAUCGUUGCCGAGAACUCGAGCAUCGGGGCCAGCGUUCUACAGGUAUACGCGACGGAUCGAGACGCAGGUGCCAACGGUCGUGUCCGUUACAGCAUCGCGCUCGGCGACGAAGAUCGUGACUUGACAAUAUCCGAGGACGGGGGUGUUAUUCGAGUAGCGAAGAAUUUGAAUUUCGAGAGGAAAUCGCGUUACCGUUUGAUCGUCAGGGCGGAGGAUUGCGCCGACGAGAACGGCGAGAACGUGAGAGAGGACACUGCCGAAGUGAUAAUCAAUGUACUGGACGUGAACGACAAUGCUCCGAUUUUUCUCGACUCCCCUUACCUCGCUCACGUAAUGGAAAACAUGGUGCCACCCGGAUUCGUCAUUCAGGUGACAGCUUACGACGCCGACACACCGCCCUACAACGAUCAAGUCAGAUAUUUUCUCAAGGAAGGCGAUACCGAUCUCUUUCGUAUAAACGCGAGUACCGGGGAAAUAUUUUUGUUGCGGCCGCUCGACAGGGAAGCCGUUUCGGAGUAUACCCUCACCCUCGUUGCAAUGGACACUGGCUCACCACCUUUGACCGGUUCAGGAAUUCUCACAAUCGUCGUUCUCGACGUCAACGAUCACAGUCCAGAGUUCGAGAGAAGCGAGUACCGCGCAACCGUCCCGGAAAAUAUGCCGGCCGGUACGUGGGUCGCGAAACCCGUCGCGCACGACAAAGACGCCGGACUCGAUGCACAAAUUCGGUACAGCUUGCUCGGCGAAAAGGCCGAAAGAUUUUCCGUCGAUCCCGAUAACGGACAAGUCCUUACGCUCGUACCUCUCGACCGCGAAGAUACUCGCGUUUAUCAUCUUACGCUGGUCGCCCAAGAUUCCAGCCCGACGGAGCCACGCGCUUCGGCCGUUAAUCUCACGAUAAACGUCCAAGACACGAAUGACAAUGCACCACGCUUCUCCAGCCCGAGAUACACGGCCUAUGUUCCGGAUUCAACCAAACCGGGUGAUUUCGUGUUCGGAGCCCGAGCAACGGACGAGGACGAGGCUGAUAACUCGCGUAUCGUGUACAGUCUGCACGGGGAGGACGCGGAAAGAUUUAUAAUUGACAAGAACACAGGAAUAAUCCGUGCGAGCGGGGAAUUGUCAUCGGGGAAGCGAACGUACGAAUUGCGGAUCGCGGCAUCGGACAGCGGGUCGGAGCCUCAGCGAGUGAGCGCCGAGCUAACGAUCCAUCUGUGGGGGCGAGAGCUUUUCCCUUCAUUUCGAACGAACACGGACAGGCGUUUCGUGCUUUCGGAAAAAGUGCCGGAGGGCAAAGUGAUAACAAGGUUGAGCGCGUCGAGUCCAAAGAUGGGAGUUUCGAGUAACCUCGUGUUCGGAGUCGCGGGCGGGAACGUCGGAGAGGCCCUGAGAGUCGAUGCCCGGACCGGUCAAGUUUCCGUAGCUUCCGGUUUCGAUUACGAGACCGCACCGUUCUACGAGGCUUGGCUGGAGGUUCGGGACUCGGACGAUCCUCCGUUGAGAAGCGUCCUCCAGCUGCUGAUAAACGUCACCGACGCGAAUGACAAUCCCCCGAUAAUGGAAGCCGCGAUUUACAACGCGACGGUUCUCGAGGAAGAGUAUCCGCCGCUGUACGUAACGAAGGUCGCGGCGAAAGACGCCGACUCCGGGAUAAACGGUCAGGUGACUUAUUACCUCGUGAACGACUUCGACGAGAUGUUCAUGAUCGACGAAUACAGCGGGGAAAUAAGCACGAACGGUAAGCUCGACCGGGAGGAAAUUCCGUCGUACGAGUUGACGGUCGAGGCUCGUGACCAGGGGGAGCCGAGGCUGACGGGGACAGCGACGGUUCUCGUUGCCGUUUUAGACAAAAACGACAAUCCACCGAGAUUCACGAGAUUAUUCAGCGUCAAUGUUACCGAAAACGCGGAAAUCGGUACGUUCGUUAUUAAAAUAACGAGCAGCGAUCUCGACGUCGGUGAAAACGCGAACGUCACGUACAGCUUCACCGAGAACAAAGGAGGCAAAUUUUCCAUCGAGCCGAGCACCGGAAACGUCGUCGUCGUCGGGCACCUCGACAGGGAGGAGCAGGACGAGUACCUCCUCAAAGUUGUAGCGGCCGACGGAGCGUGGGCGGCAGAGACGACGCUGACGAUUACGAUCCAGGACCAGAACGACAACGCGCCACAGUUCCAGCAAGAAUCUUAUCGUUUCAAUUUUCCAGAGCUGGAAAAAAGAAUGGCGCGAGUUGGCCAGGUUACGGCGAGCGACAGCGACAAGCAGGGCCCCAAUUCCGUCAUAUCUUACAGUCUCCUCCAGCCUUCCGAUCUUUUCACCGUUGAUCCAGGAACCGGUGACAUAUUCAGCAAGCGGAGUUUGCGCUACAAGCGCACGAACCGCUCCUCGUCCCCGGAGAAUCUCUACUCGUUGACGAUCGUUGCCACGGACAACGGGAAGCCCCCGUUGUCGACGAGAGUUCUCGUCCACGUGAGCGUCGUCGACGCGAAUAACAACGCGCCGAAAUUCCUCCAGGAAUCUUAUCUCUCUCCGGUCCCGGAGGACUUCCCCGUUGGCAGCAGCGUCGUCAGGCUCGAGGCAAAGGACGAAGCCGAUUUCGGAGUGAACGCGGAAAUCGAGUACUCCCUGAUCGAGGGCCACGGGGCCGGCAACCUCACGGACUACUUCAGUAUCGACGAGAGAACCGGCUACAUCGUCGUCUCCUCGAAGAUCGACGCUCUGGAAGUCGGGACGACGCUCCUCGGACGGGCUCGUGCAACGGACAAGGGUGUGCCGCCUCAGAAGGACGAGGUACCGGUCAGCCUCGUGAUAACUGGGGAAAAUCGCCAUGCUCCUAUUUUCGCUGCUGUCAGUUAUCAAGUCAGAGUCCCGGAAAACGAGCCCGUUAAUUCGACGAUUUUGACGGUGAGCGCGGUCGACGCGGACGACGGGCCGAACGCUCUGAUCCGGUACGCCAUCUCCUCGGACAACGACAGCAAAACUUUUUCCAUCAAUCCUUUGACCGGGGCUGUGACGAUUCUUAAGCCUCUGGAUUACGACUACAUCCGGGAAUACCGACUCAACAUCACCGCGACUGAUUUAGGCUUCGAGCCGAGACGAUCCGUCGCCACCCUCACCGUAAACGUCUCCGACAUCAACGACAACCCUCCCAAGUUCGAUGGCGAUCUUUACGAAGCUUAUCUCCCGGAGAAUUCACCGGCGGAAACGUUCGUUCGUAAGAUCGUGGCGAAGGAUCUCGACUCCCCCAAGUACGCGAUCAUCGAGUACAAGAUUCUCGGGGGCAGCGGUAAAGAUUAUUUCACGAUUGAUCGCGACACCGGAGUAAUAAGGUCGAGAGUCGUGUUCGAUUACGAGGAAUCGAGCGAGUACAGCCUCGACGUGGUCGCCGCGAAUCCGGACUCGAGUCCCCGAAUGCUCGGCUUCACCAGCGUCCGCAUCCACAUAACCGGAGUCAACGAGUUUUAUCCGAAAUUCGUGCAGCCAGUUUUUCAUAUGGACGUCUCCGAGAGCUCGGAAGUUGGGACUUGCGUCGGUCUCGUCCAGGCUACGGAUCAGGAUUCCGGCGAGGAUGGCAGGGUCUACUAUCUCCUGGUCGGCUCCUCCAACGACCGAGGCUUCAGCAUCGCUCCGGACUCGGGAAUGAUCAGCGUGUCUCGGAGACUCGAUCGCGAAACUCAGAACCGAGUUAUUCUUACGGUGAUGGCGAAAAACGGCGGUGGCAUCAGGGGCAACGACACCGACGAGGCCCAGGUCAUCGUGUCCAUUCAGGAUGGCAACGACCCACCAGAAUUCUUGCAAAACACGUACGAAGCCAGCGUGUCCGAGGGCGAACCUCAAGGCACGAGGAUCCUGACCGUCAGAGCGAUCGACAAGGACGUCAGGCCCCAGAACAACCAAUUUUUCUACUCGAUCAUCGGCGGCAAUACCGAUCGAGCCUUCAAGGUCGAUCCCCAAAGCGGCGACGUCGAAACAGCCAAACAACUCGAUCGCGAAACUCUUCCAACGUACGAACUCAUCAUCGGAGCCAUCGACACCGGAACGCCUCCUCAAACUGGCACUGCAACCCUUCGAAUCCGGCUCACCGACGUCAACGACAACGGCCCGGUUUUUCAACCACCCGAGGUCAUCGGCUACGUCAGCGAGAAUCAGCCCGCUGGUACCAGCAUCAUGACCCUGACCGCUACCGACCCCGAUCUCCCGCCCAACGGAGCUCCUUUCUCCUAUCGACUGAUCGGCGGCCGACAAGCCGAUUCCGUCAGUCUUGACAAACACUCGGGCAUCCUUAGAACCACCAGGAGCCUCGACAGAGAAGUUUUGCCACGCUUGGAUCUUCUGGUCGAAGUGGAAGAUUCCGGUAUCCCGCGGAUGAGGAGCGAGCACACAGUGACGAUAAUGGUGCUGGACGAGAACGACAGUCCGUCGACGUCGCGCUCGGUUCACAUACUUGUUCAUUCGUUCAAUGGUCAUACACCCUUGGGAAAGAUCGGCGAUGUUCGUCCAAACGAUCCAGAUACGAGCGGCGACUAUGCGUGCAAAAUAAUCCAGGGCUCGAAUCCCGGUGGUGUACUCGCCAUCCCGAUCGCUUGCGAUUUACAUACCAGCAAAAUUACCCCGGGUAUUGGUUACUCGUUGAGUGUGUCUGGAAAUGAUGGUCGACAUUCGGACGUCGUAUCCAAAGUGAGCGUCGAUUUCACAACCUUCACUAACGCGACGGUCGAGAACAGCGUCAAUCUCCAAAUCGCUGCCAUCAAACCGAGCGAUUUUCUCGCCAAUUAUUAUCGUUCGUUGCUGGAUAUGCUCCAGCUGGCAGUCAACAUCGGUGACACUUUUCUCAUUUAUAGCAUCGGUGAAACGAACGAAAAUCUCGAUAUUUACGUUGCCAUCGAAACUCCGAUGGGAUAUCGAGCCAAAUACCAAGUGGCAGAUUUGCUGAUGAAAAAACGAGAGCAGAUUGAAACGCUGCUGGGAGAGAGGAGCAUUAACAUUGGAUAUUCGCCGUGCAAGCACGAGGCUUGUGAGAACGGUGGAACUUGCAGCGACCAACUGUUCGUCCACGAAGAAGCUCGGAUAAGCAACAGCCCGAAUUUGAUCGUGACUUCGCCGAGGAUUGUCGAAACGAUGAUGUGCAAAUGUCGCGAGGGGUUCACUGGAACACGCUGCGAACGAAGGCAGGAUCCGUGCUCGCCCAGCCCCUGUUUCCACGGCGGACAGUGCCGACGAAUGGGCUACGACUUUGCCUGCGCGUGUCCUGCCGAUCGGGAAGGAAAAUUGUGCGAAUUGGAGCGCGGUGACGCCUGCGCCAGCAACCCCUGUGGCAACGGUGGAUCCUGCAAAGAAAGCCCGGACGGCUCGAGCUUCUUUUGCCUGUGUCGCGCUGGCUAUCGCGGCAAUCAUUGCGAGGCUGUUACCGAUUCUUGUCGCCCCAAUCCCUGCCUCCACGGUGGUCUUUGCGUCGGUCAGAAACCUGGUUACAGCUGCAGCUGUCCCGAAGGUCGCUACGGAAGGCACUGCGAGCGUUCGACUUUCGGCUUCGAGGAAUUGUCCUACAUGUCUUUUCCGGCUCUCGACUCCAACACGAAUGACAUCUCGAUGGUGUUCGCAACGACGAAAUUCGACGCGCUUCUCCUUUACAACUAUGGGCCGCAGAGCGGUGGCCGUUCCGAUUUCAUCGUGCUGGAAUUGAUCAACGGAAGAAUCGUGUUUUCGUACGGAGGCGCGAGGAGCGCGAUCACGACCAUCACCGUCGAAGCCGGAGACACUCUGGCCGAUGGCAAAUGGCGCAAAGUCACUGCUACGAGGUACGGGAGAGUCGCGUCUCUGAGCGUUUCUCACUGUCGGGAACACGGCGACGUUUGCGAGGAUUGCCGCCCUGGCGACGGAUCCUGUUACGUCGACGACGUCGGUCCCACGGGAACGCUGAAUUUCAACAACAAUCCGUUAUUGCUCGGUGGUUUGAUGAGCGCCGAUCCAGUUUUAGAGCGUCCCGGCCAGGUGCACUCGGACGAUUUCGUGGGCUGUCUUCAUUCGGUAUCGAUAAACGGCCGAGCUCUUAAUUUGUCGAAUCCUCUGACCGCGCGAGGCAUCAAAUCCACGUGUCCGCGAUCUGAAAUUGGCCCUUGUGCCCGAGACGGAAAAGACGAUUCGAGUUCUGCAUGCGCACGUGGGCACAAGUGUUAUGACAAAUGGCAUCAAGUCGCUUGCCGCUGCGAUGCGUUCGUUGCUCCCAACUGUAACGGUGCGCUCGAACCUGUUCGCCUCAGUGACGGAGCUUUCGUGGAGUUUAAGGUUUCGGAGAAACACAGAAGGAUGCAACUUUUGGAGUACAUGUACAGUGGCUCAACCGUCUGGCCGAGAAGCAAUCGUCGAUCAAACCGCUCGGCUACCGAUCAAACCGGCUUUUUUACUACAGCACCACCCAAAAGCAUCGGGCUCAUGUUUCGCACUGUGAAACCCGAUGGAAUUUUGAUGUAUGCAGCGACCAAUAAACACUACACUUCGAUAGAGCUGCGAAAUGGACAACUGUCAUACGUCUCGUUGCUCGGUUCGUCGGUAAACAUGACGGGAGCAUCGUCGACGAGUUUGGCGGACGGGCGUUGGCACAAUUUGACAGUACACGCGUAUUCUCGAGUAUUGCGAUUGCUCGUGGAUGGAGAAUUGCGAGGAUACGAGCUCGAUUUGGCCGGAGUGCACGAUUUCCUGGACCCUUAUUUGACGAGUGUCUCGUUGGGCGGAGCGCGUCGGGACGUUUACAGAGUCGGCGAUUCUUCGAGGCCGAUAACAUUCGAGGGUUGCCUCGCAAAUUUCACGAUAAACAACGAAAUUCAGCCGUUCAAUGGCUCGGGUUCGAUAAUGCGGGAAACGAUUAACCACGGUAAAGUGAGCCCGGGUUGCGGGGGCGGCUACGACGGUUUAGGAACGGGCAUCGGUGGUGGAACGAUUGGGAUAAGCGCUGCAGCAGCGGCGGAUCCUCUGAGCAUCGGGAUAACCCUCGUAAUCGUAUUUUUCGUGAUUUUACUAGUCGCAAUACUGGUGAGUUUCGUCGUGUUCCGUUUGCGUCGUCAGAACAAAGAGAAAAACGCAUCGUCGGUGGUGAACAAGAAUACGAAUGCGAUAAUAACGGGAAAUUCGUUGGGAGGUGGAGGAAACGAUUCGAUGGUGUCGAGGCACGAGAAUACUUACAUUUCAGACGCUUCCGAUUUGAGAGGCGUCGUCGGGGGUGGUCACAUGGCCCCGGAGUUGUUGUCGAAGAAGUUUAAGGACCGGGAAAUGAGUCCAUCGAACGAGCAGCAACACCGACCUCAGAGGCCGGACAUAAUAGAACGGGAAGUUGCCAAAUCUCCUCCGAUCAGGGACGAACACCCACCGCUGCCACCAUCCGCGACCGGAGGUCAGAGCUCUCUUCACUCCCACGAGCACAAUCAACAAGAACCCGAUAUGCCGGAACACUAUGACCUCGAAAAUGCAAGCUCCAUAGCACCCAGCGACAUCGACAUCGUUUAUCAUUACAAGGGAUACCGAGACGGCGGAAUGAGAAAGUACAAAGCGACUCCACCCCCGAUAGGCUCCUACGGGAACCACCACAAGCACACUGGACAACAGCAUAGACACGGGGGAGCUUUCCCGCCUCGGGCGAUGCCGCCUCCGAGCGUCGGACAACCUUCCGGAGGCUCCGGUCCAAAAUUACUUCAAAGUACACCGCUCGCGAGGCUCUCACCGAGCAGCGAAUUGUCCGCUCAGCAACCUCGGAUUUUGACGCUUCACGACAUCAGCGGUAAGCCUCUGCAGAGUGCUCUCUUAGCGACGACUUCAUCCUCCGGUGGAGUCGGCAAGGACGCCCUCAAUUCCAACAGCGAGAGAAGCCUCAAUUCCCCCAUAAUGAGUCAACUGUCGAGUUCGACCGCGAGCCGAAAGGUCGCUCAGUCGAAUAACGAAAAUGUAAAUAACGUAUCGACGGGCCCGAUGGGAUUGACGGCUGAGGAGAUCGAGCGAUUGAACUCGCGACCGAGAACUUCGAGUCUCGUAUCGACCCUCGACGCGGUGAGCUCCUCGAGCGAAGCUCGAGGACCCACCGCUCACCCGUCCCUCCAUCUCCACAGGCGACACACGCCGCCGCCUCCUGAGAGGCUCGAAAGAAGAAAUUCCUCGACUACCGAUGAGAGCGGAAACGACAGUUUUACCUGUUCGGAAAUAGAGUACGAUAAUAAUUCUCUCGUUGGAGACAAAAGGUCGGACAACGUUUACGGCACGAACGGCAACAAACAGAACGACGUCGACCAAGUUGUCGUUUCGCAACGAGGCAACGACUCGUCCCAAUCUUCGAAGCCUCCCCCUCCCUUGCCGCUACCGCCGAGCCUCAAUUACGACGGUUUCGACAGCUCCUUUCGAGGCUCCCUCAGCACCCUCGUCGCUUCGGACGACGACUUGUCGACCCACAUGGGGAGUCUUUACAGACCGACCAACGACUCGCCCUCCGCAAACACCGCUCUCAGCUGGGAUUAUCUUCUCAAUUGGGGGCCCAACUUCGAGAGUCUAGUCGGCGUUUUUAUCGACAUUGCCGAAUUACCAGAUAGCGCUAAUCGUGUACCAAGCACCCUCAGACUACCAGCUAGUAUACCCAAACCUUCCGAAGAAUAUGUCUGAUCGAUUCUUCUUCGCUAAUCUCUUAUUACUUUUUCAACGCUAUUGCCAGUAGGAAAUCGAUCUUGCCAUUAUAGACGUCCGUGUGAGAAAGGGAUAAUGUGUGUGCGUGUGUGCGUGUACGUUUUAUGUGCACAAAACUGAAAGUUAAAAUAAUUGUACAUUACAAUGAUUUUGUUGGCAUGCGUUAUUUUUUUUUUUUCUUCUUUUUCGUUUCUUCGUCGUUUCAAUCGUAAGAGAAAAUGUUGGUAGCGAUUUAUUCAUUAGGGUUUCGACAUCUUGUAUCAGGAUGUCUCUCUUUUUGCUCAUAUGUAAAUAUUAUCAUUUUAAUAGGCGAAACAAAUUAUAUAAAUAUAUAUUGUCUUGUUAAAUUGAGUGACUGAGACGGUAUCAGGACGAGGUGCCAUUUCAUACCGAAAAUAAAUUCAAAUGAGAUUCGAUAAAUGUACAUUUAACAAAGGCAUCGAAAUUCGAAAUUCAAAGCUUGCAUUUUCACAUGUCCGAUGAUUCUUUUCGAAUAUCCGAACGUUGUAAAUAAUAUGAAGAAGGUUUGUUCAACUUGCGCCCAUGAAAUAUGCAGUUUGGGGAAAGUGCACGCGUUUCAUGAUUCUUGCCAUUCCUAGCCAUAGCAGAAUUAUCACGCAUAAUCGUUAUUACGUAAUAAAAAAUAAAACGUUGCGAGACUGAUUUUAACAGCCCCCUAAUAUAUCGCCAUGAAGUGAACAUAAAUAUAUAUAUUUAUUCUUGAUUUAGCGUCGAGAAUAUUGUAAAUUAUAUACAAAAAGACAAACGUCCGUGUAAAUAAUGAAUCCAGGAGAGGAGUUAUUUGUUGUAAAAAAAAAACGAACAAACGAACACGCUAGAGAAACGAGUUUGCAAAUGUAUGAGUGGAUAUUUAGUGAUAUAAACAAAUGUAGAUGUAGUCUCACUGUUUACCAUAUUUGUAAUAAAAUUUACAAUUUUUUAAA